AUGUCGCAUUGCGCAUGCGCGACCAUAACAACUGGGGAGAAGUCUGGUGCAAGAGACGGCGCCGCGAGACAGAACGCUAUAGAUAAGAUAAUUGCCGAUAGUCAGGCCCGGCUGAAGGAAGAGGACGCUAUGCGACUCCGGAAGGGAGAUUUGGAAGAGGAUAUAGACCGCGAUUUGCCUAUUCAUAAUGUAGCCGAAUGGGCACGGGCGAGGACGGCGACAGGCGGGAGGGCCCGGCAGGAAGACGAGCAAAUAAUCCGUGAACGGACAUUGCUGGGUCGGCUUGGGCAGAGCUUCAACCGCGAGGUAGACCGCUGCUGCUGGCGACUUGACAGCGUACCGACAGAAACGCUCCAGUGGCUUGCUAGUAUCACGGCGACAGGCCCGAGCGGCAUGCCGUUUGGCCGCAAAGGCAAGGAGGCAUCGAUGAGCAAGUAUCGGUCCGUCGGUCACUGCUACUUGAGCUGCUGCUGGAGAUUGUACCGCAUCGGGCGUGAGGAAGCGCUUUAACGUUGGGCUGUUCGGUUUACGGAUGAGGAGUGGAGCUUGCUGCACGAUAUCGAUCAAGAGCUCGAAGGAUAUGCAUUUCCUAGCAGUCACGAUAGCGAGUUCUGCAGUGGCAGGGAUAGAGAUGCUGAUAGUGAGGACGAUGACGAUGACGACGAUGAUAACGAAGGCGAGGACGAGAUAGGUGAUGAGGGUAUAACUAGUCUGCAGCACAGUACACUUGAUCAAGCUGUAUUCAGAUUUAUCGUUUCGUCGAUCAAGAU